CGGAAGUGAACACCAACAAGCAUGGCGUCUGUGUGCUGUGCGGCGGCUGUUUCCCGGCUCCUGAGGGCGGGGAGUGCCCGGGGCAGCAGGUUAAUUUUUUAUACUGUAUCUAGACGUGGGUUUAGAAAAGCACCAAAGAAAAAUGAACCUCGGAAAGUGGAACCAGAGAAAACGGCUCAGAAAGAUUUAUCUUCGAAUGUGAACCAGAAGAGCAAAAGCAGCCUGACCCCAAUGCUGGAAGAGCCGUUCCCAUCUAAAUCAGCAUUGUCAUUCAGGCGACUCAUCAAACCCUUCGUGUUUACUGUAGGGUUCACAGGGACCACAUUUGGUGUGGCAGCCAUUUGGCAGUAUGAAACACUCAAAUCCAGAGUUCAAAGUUACUUCAAUGACCUGCGAUUGGAUUGGUUAGAAAAACAUCAACCACCUAAAGCCGGAGACAUCAGAAAGCAGGUGAACCGGUGGUGGAACAGUCUUACCGAGGGGCAACGGGCUGUCACAGGGAUUAUAGCGGUCAAUGCAUUAGUGUUUUGUCUGUGGAGAAUUCCCUCAAUGCAGUGGACUAUGGUCAGGUACUUCACCUCAAAUCCUGCUUCCAAGUCGCUGUGCCUACCUAUGGUCCUGUCAGUGUUCAGUCACUACUCGUUCUUCCACAUGGCAGCAAACAUGUAUGUGUUGUGGAGUUUCUCCUCCAGCAUUGUAUCACUUCUUGGACAGGAGCAAUUCAUGGCAGUUUACCUGUCAGCAGGGGUUAUUUCUACAUUUACUAGCUAUUUAUAUAAAACGACCACUGGCCGUUUGGGAGCAUCACUUGGAGCUUCUGGUGCAAUAAUGGCUGUACUUGCUGCAGUCUGCUCCAAAAUGCCCGAAGCAAAACUGGCCAUCAUCCUACUGCCAAUGUUCACCUUCACAGCCAGCAGUGCUCUGAAAGCUAUCAUUGCCAUGGAUACAGCAGGCUUAAUUCUGGGAUGGAGAUUUUUUGACCAUGCAGCUCACUUGGGUGGUGCACUUUUUGGAAUUUGGUACAUCUUUCAUGGCUACGAGCUGAUAUGGAAGAACAGAGAGCCUCUGGUGAAGGUGUGGCAUAACCUAAGGACUAAGGGUCCUGGGAGUGGAGGAAAUGGCCCCUCCUAGGGAAGAAGCUGCAUUUUUAAAAUAUGAUUCUUGAAUGGAUUGAGAAGAACACUGGACAGAAAUGAAAACUGGGAGGAAGAAUUUACAGCAAGAUCUGAACGCAGCUGCAAACUGCUGCAAAUUUUAACUGAUAUUGAACUAAAUACAGAACUGCACAGUGAGAAAUAAACACAUGUAUUUUGAAGAAGCAGUCUUGGGCAGACAUUUACCAACCUCAAAAUUUUAAACCUAAAUUUUUAAGCUGUUUGAAACAGAUUCAUUAUUAUUCAUAAUGCAGAUAGUCUCUGUUAAGAUUUAUGCCAUAAUGGUAAGUUGUGUAAACUCAUCCACUUUUCACCCCUCUUCUGUCAAGUGGAUGAAUUACUAAAAAAAACUAAAUUAUGUCAGGCAAAUGUAUCUGUUGUGUUUAAAAUCUGUUAUCAUGGGAUAGUCUUAAAAAUGUACGCAGUCCAGUAAUGGUUUGCCUAAUACUGAGCACGUAUUUUCAGAGUUACACAAAUCUGGAUCUACUGCCAUGACUUGCAGCAAGCUCAAAGUAUGUGCAGUGGAGAUUAAUCAGCUAAAUCCAUGCGGUUUAUUAGCAGGGUUAUGACCUCUCUGUACUGUUUUUCCAGCCAGGUGCUAUCACUUGCUGUUAGACCAUUGGCUGGCACAAUUCUCUGGAGCCAAAAGGGAAUGUUAUUAGUCACUGGUGUACUUUGUACUUUGAACUUUAAUUCAUAAUCUCAAAAUUUAACUGUGAUGAAACCAAGUUGUUCACUUCAAUCAACUCCGGAGAAGAUAUUAUGUGAGAAUUAUGGCUUAUAGUUUGCCAUCACAUUACAUAGAGGUUUCAGCUUUCUGAUAUACUGCUCAGUAAAUGGGCUUCUCCCUGCCAAAGCCCAGCCAUGCUGCCUAGAUGACAGUACAAGUCAAAAACACCUACCUAAUUUUUUUUGGGUCAUAAAGCUUUGGUGAAUUGUAUGUAUUACUCAAUGACAAGUGUGCAUCAUUAGGAAACGUUACAGUCAUUGCUGUUUUAUUUGGCAUAUCUUGUGCCUGAAAAGAAAGCAAAAAAAAGUGUUUUUUUUUUGCUUCCUUUUCAGGCACAAGAUAAAAAAGUUUAGACGAAGGGUCUUGGCCUGAAACGUUGACUGUGCUUCUUCCUAUGGAUGCUGUCUGGCCUGCUGCAUUCCACCAGCAUUUUGUGUGUGUGGUUUGUACAGCCUCAACAUAUUUUCCCAACUCUUGUUGCAGUGCCAUAGCCUAUAGAGGUGAGCAUAAUUGCCACCUUCUCUACACUUUGCACCUCUAUCACUACUUUCAGUGAGCUGUGUGUUCUUGUCACUUCAUUGAAUUUACACAAUAUAUUUCCACUAGUUGCAUCUGAGGUUACUGUGUGCACUGCAUGUUUACACAGGUUGUUUGAAGGAUAAGGACACAUCCAAUCUAAAGUAGUCAAAAUAAAAACUGCAGGCAUUUGUCUUUAAUGUUUUAAGUAAGAAGAAUGGAAUUGGGAACUGAAUGGAACAGAAUGAAAAUUUAGAUCCAGCGACAGGAUAAUUACCUUAUCUAAGCAUGUACUCAGAGGACACACUGGAGGGCUCAUCCACAGAGACAGUUUGGGCGGAGUGAUGAAAUAAGUAAGAAAGAUGCAGUAAUGCUGAAGGGAUUAUACUACAGCCCCCUUCCCCAAUAGCCAAUGAGGUAAAAGAACAGAUAUGUAGACAGAUCAUAGAAAAGUGCAGAAACAGUUUUGACUGAAAUGUUGUCAAUAAAAAAGGCUUGGAUAGGCCAAGAUUUCUUCAGUACAUCCAAGAGGGGUUCUUGCAAUAGUCUGUGGAGAGUCCAACCGGAGGAGCUGACAUACUGGGUCCGGUUUGGGGAAAUGAGCCAGACCAGGUGAUAAAGCUGAUAGACAAAACAUUUUGGAAAUGGUGACCACAAUGCUUUAUGCUUUAAGACAGUUAUGAGUAAGGAUAAAAUCAGAUCUUGCGAGAAGUUACAAAAUUGGGGGAGGGCAAAUUUUGGCAGCAUCAGAUGGGCUAAGGGGCAAUGAUUAGGAGUAGCUGCUGUCAGACUAGUCCACAUCUGAAAUAUGGGUCCAGCUGAUCAGAGUUUAGGAUCGACAAGGUCCAGUGAGUAAGGAUAAGGUUGGUAAGGUAAGGGAACCUUGGAUGACCCAAGAGGUUUUUAAUUUAGGAAGAAUAAGGAAGCAUACACAAGGUUAGAAAGCUAAAAUCAGACUGGGCCCUUGUAGAGUAUAAAGGUAGCAGGCAGGUGAUUAGGAAAGCCAAUAUGGACCAUGCAUGACCUUGAUGAGUAGGAUCAUGAAGAAUACCAAGGCAUUUUAUACUUGUAUUAAGAAAAAGGGUGAGGGUAGGUUCAUUCAAGGAUAAAGGAGGGAAUUUGUGCAUGCAGUCAGCAAGUGGCUGAGGUACUGAAUGAGUACUUCUUGUCAGUAUUUACCAAGUAGAGGAGAAGGAUUUGGAGAAUAGUGAAGGCAGAGUGGGCCUUUUGAGAUGGAGUUGGAGAAUAGUGCUUUAUCUGCUGGAAAGUGUUAAGGUGGAUAUGUCCCCAGAACCUGAUGGGAUAUAUCCCAGAAUAUUUAAAAUGCAAGUGAGAUUGCUGGAGCUUUGCAAAAGAUCUUUAUGUCAUUGCAAGUAACGUACAAGGUCUCAAAACUGGAGAAUAGUAAAUAAUGUUUUUUUUCAAUAAGGGUAAUUGUAGUCAAGUGGCCUUACAUAAGUGGUAGGGAAGCUGUUGGAGAGAAUACUGAGCAAUGGGACUUCUACACAUUUAUCAAGUUGUAGCUUUUUACAGAGUAGGUCAUGCCUUAUAAUUUUGAUCAAAGUUUUUCAGGAGAUAACCAAGGAUUUUGAUAAGAGUAAGAUAGUUGAUGUUAUCUACAUGGACUUUACUAAGGCAUUUGAUAAGGUACCCCAUUAUCAGCUGAUUGAAAAGAUAAAGAUGUGUGGGAUGUUUUGAUUCUGAACUGGCUUGCCCAUUGAAAACAAAGCGUAGAGCUGUUAUUCUGGCUGGAAGUCCGUGACCUGUGAUGUUCUACAAGGAUCACUGCUGGGACCCCUGUUUGUGAUAUAUAUUUGUGAUGCAGAUGAAAAUGUAAGUAGGGUAGAUUAGCAAAUUUGUGAAUGGGACCAAACUCAGUGGAGUUGUAGAUGGGGUAAAGGACUUUCAAAGAAUAUAAAAUGAUAUAGAUCAGUUACAAAAAUGGACAGAGAGGUGGCAGAUGGAGUUUAAUCCAGGCAAAUGUGAGAUGUUUUUUGGGAGGUCAAAUGAAAGGAAAAAUGAUACAGUAAAUGGUAGGCCCCAACUUGCUUUGAAAUAUUGAGGGAUCAUGGGAUCCAGGUCCAUAGUUCAUUGUUAGUGGCUAGAUAAGGGGAUAAAGAAGGCUUGCCUUCAUUGGUAGGAAUAUUGACUAUAAUGGUAAGCAAGUCAUGCUACAGCUAUAGCAAACUUUAGACCACAGGUGAAAUAUUGUGUGUGAUUCUGGUAGUCCCAUUACAGGAAGGAUGUGAAUACUGUAGAGGUGAUGCCAAAAAGGUUUACCAAGAUGCUGCCUUGAUUAGAUGGUAUGACCUAUAAUGAAAACUUUGACAAACUUCUGGUUGUCCUCUCUAGGAUGCUGAGGGGCUGAGGGGAGACUUGAUAGAUGCUCUUAAAAUUAUGUGGCUUGGAUGGGGACUUUGAGAUAGGGUCAACAGACAGAAUCUUUUCCUUAAAGUAGGGAUGUUAAACAUCAGAAGUCUUGCUUUUGAGGUUGGGGGAAGUUUUUUUUAAAUACUGAGUGGUAGGUGUCUACAAUUGGUCAGUAGGGGUAUUAGUUGAAGCAGGCACUUUGAGGUUGAGGCAUUUAUAGACACAUGAAUAUGGGUGAUAUCUUGGAGGAGGACGUUUAAUAUAAAUUGGCCUCAUGAUAGGCAUCCAAAAUCCACAGGAACUGAAAGUGAAAUGGGAAAACAGCAGAUAUGCAAGAAUGCACUUCUCUUAAAUGUAUUUUUGUUCUUACUCCAAUUCUCUCCCCUUCUGCUGAUUCUAGCUGGGUUUAGCACUGCAAUCACACAUCAAGAAACAAGUAGGCCUUGUGACUCCAUAAACAUGCUCUACCAGUCAAUGAAUUCAUGGACCCUCUGGUGUCGCUCCCACCUUUGUUUUCCUUUAUCCCUCUGGCCCCUUAAUCACUUUACUUUCCAGCCUCACCUUCAUAACCUACCCAUCACCGACAUCUUUCUUCCUUAUGUUCCCCACCUCCUUCCCUUUGCUCCAUAGUGUACUGUCUUCUCCGAUUCCAUUUUGUUUAGUCCUUUGCCUCUUCCACCUAUCACCUCCCAGUUUCUCUCAUAAUUCCCACUUCUCACCCAACCCCUCCUACCUACCUUCCCCCUCACCUAGCUUCACCCAUUAUCUAUUAGCUCAUGCUCUUGCCCUUUUACUUUGGCUUCUGCUUUCUUUCAUGCCCUGAAGAUGAGUCUCACCCAGCAACGUCAGCUCCAUAGAUGCUGUCUGACCUGUUGAGUUCCUCCAGCAUUUGUGUGUGUUGCUCUAGAAUUUGUAAUUCCCAUUGACAUUGUGGUUCCCCCAGUUUAUGCUCUAGCUGGAGAAGUUUGGCUCUUAAAAUGAUGCUGGUUGUUGUGUGCCUUCCUCACAAAGAAACAAUUGGCAAGAGGCAAGAAUCAGUUGAUAUUUAGAUAGAACUUAAUUAUGUCCUGCGGCUCUCUGCUUACUACAUUGCAUAUGAUAAACACAACAGAUUCUACAGAUGUGAAAAGGUUCCUCCAAGGUUUUGUGUGUAUGUGACCUAUCACCUUAUAGCUUGUCCUGCUUCCCUUCUUCUCCCCCCCACUCCCCGCCAACAUUUUUAUUCUGGUGUCUCUUCCCCCCCCCCCUCCCCCCGGCCUUCCUUUCCAGUCCUGAAGAAGCAUCUUGGUCCAAAAUAUUGACUGUUUAUUCAUUUCCAUGACACUGCCAGACCUGUUAAGUUCCUCCAGCAAUUUGUGUGUGACUUUGCAUACAACACAGUUCAAUAAAGAGUACACAAAUGAUUAAACAGAUUUUUGAUCUGAGGGAGGAACUGGGAGAACUUUUCAAAGGUUGUGCCAUUAGAUACUUUGCAUCCACUGGAAUACGCUGCCAUAUUCUCGGUUUAAUGUUCUGAAUCACUGUACAUCCAAUUUUGCUGGAUUCAAGUCCCAGUCAAUAUUAUAUGAAGAAGAAUACAGUACCACUUGAACCCAAAAGCAUCUGAUCGGUUGCUAGUGUGCUUGCUUGUCACUGGGACAUGGCAAGGACCUGGUGCAGUGAAUACAAUCUAUUAAUGAAGAAGGCUGAGAUUAGCAGCAUUUGAGUAGGUUUUCUCCAUCACAGAGAUUCCAUGGAGCUGCUUUGUUUGCACCCUGUGUUACCGUAUAAAAGAAAUUUCAUGAGAUUUUAGUAAAGCUGUAUUGUCAUGUUGUGUAAUUUAUAUUGAUAUGACAUUAUGAAAUGAUGAUUUCUUGUUUUUUUUUAAAAAAAGUGAUCAUUUGACCACUUUUCAGUCCAAACCGUUACCUCAUCAAGGUCAGUUGAAGUUCGCAGUACAGAUUAAAUGCAAUAACAUUAGACACUUUUAAAUGAAAAUUCUUAGCAUGAUUAUCUGUAAAUAUGAAACAAAGUAGAUAGCUAGUUGCUGCAGAAAGAAGUAGAAGACAGACAAACAUUCUAUUGUACUCGACUGAAAAUUUCAAUUAAA